CCUUCCGUCACCAUCGCCAUCACCGUCACGUCUACAAACACGUCUCCGUGGUUCACCACAUCCUCGUUUCGUUUGCGACCUUCUUGUACGACAAUCCAGCCAUCCUAUUAGCGCCAAAGAGCCUCACUCGUUUUGUCUACCGUCAUACGAACCCAGGACCCCCACCAACCCCACAUCCCUUCCCCACAAUGUCGAAACAAGCUCUCAAGGCCGCGAAAACGUGUAUCGACUCAAAGGACUGGGCAGGAGCAGAAGAGCAAUGCCAAAGAGCUCUCUCGUUUGAGCCUCAAAGCUAUGUUGCACAACUAUAUCUCGGACUGUCCCAGUUUAACCUCGAGAAGUACGAUGAGAGCGAACAGGCGUACCGCCAGGCCAUCCGGAUCGAGGCCGAAGAGCGACAGAGGAAAGACCGCAAGGAGAAUCCGGCAAGUUGGCAGGGUCUGCUGAAGCUCUAUGAAGCACAGAAGCGGGUCGACGAGUACACGGAGACCGCCGUCGGGCUGGCGGGGGUCUUUCGUGAUCAAGAUGAACGGGUUAAGUGUCUCGCCGUCAUUGAGAAGGCACUCGCAUUCGCAAAGGAGAAUGCGUCGAAGCAUCAAUACAAGCGGGCAUUACAGAUUAUACUGCCAGGAAGCCCGGUCUUUGAGUACUUGGAAGGCCUGAUUCCGCGGCCGGAUAAGACGUAUCUGGAGCUGGCGGAGAUCAUCGAGAUUGAAGAGAAGGAGCGAGUGAACAAGGAGAUUGCGAACCGACGCUCACGUCUCGGCGCUGUUCUCGGACAAGUUACCACAGAGGUCCGACGGGAGGUGUGGGGUGCGUCGCCGCUGGAAGAUCUCUACCAGAAUAUCCUCAAUUGGUCGGACCAAGAAGACGUUCGGCGGCAGAUCGACUGCAAGCUCCUUCAGCAUGCUUACAAUAAACUUCUGGUAUUCCCCAGGGAAGGAAAGCUACAACAACGACUGAAGGUGGAGAGCUGGGCCCGCGGCUUGGUUAUUCUCAAACACCCCUUCGAGCUGGCAUGGAAGAUUGUAAUUGAAUGGAAGGACUGUGAGAGUAUAGGUGAUCAUGAUGUCAAUUUGUUGCGAGAGUAUAUCGAACUCUUUCCCGAUAGGGGGCUAUCUAUUUCCCUUCAGGCCUAUCUUGAUUCCGAGAUAUCCCCCUUUCCAGCGGUUCCAAACGAAGAAAAGGAGACAGACGAACCAGUCUCAGUGGCCAAAGAUAAAGCCGGAAAGGACGUUGCCGAUACCGAUGCUCCAGAUCAGCGCCUCGAUGCAAUGAUCGAAGGACUAGAGAAGAGUCCCACGUCUCUUCUGUGCCACCGGAUCUUGGGGGAAUACUAUCUCCUCCUGGACGAAUAUGAGAAUGCCGUCGACACUGCUCGGGGCGGCCUCAAGCUCGCAACAGGAGAAUCGCAGAGGACUGGACUGGCCUGUCAAAAGAAUCAAGAUGCAUUGACAGUUACCCUUGCAACGGCACUGAUACAUUACCAAGCACCGAAGCACCAUAUUGAAGCCAGAGGACAGUUCGAGACUGUAUUGUCUCAUAAUCCAGGUCAUGGUGGUGCUCUCGUUGGUCUUGGUCUCAUUCUAGAGGAACAAGGAGACUAUCCAGGAGCUGUGGAUUUGCUCAACAAAGCAUUGGCCAAAGACCCGGGGAAUGUUAGAAUUAUGGCUGAGGCCGCUUGGUGCAAUGUGCUCCAAGGCAGCUACAGCAUUGGCCAGCACGGACUCGAGGAGUGUCUCGAAAAGAUCACAGGCAUCGACCCGAGAUCAAGAGACCUAAAGGCACAGAUUCUAUGGAGAAUUGGUAACUGCAUAUGGAAUGCUGACGAGGAGGCUAGAAAGGACCGCAAAGCUGGCCCUUACCACUACUUCAUCCUUGCUUUGCAGAACAACCAAAAUCAUGCUCCAGCCUACACAAGUUUGGGCUGUUUUUACGCCGAUAUCGCGCACGACUCCCCCCGCGCGAACAAGUGUUUCCAGAGGGCGUUCGAGAUAUCUGCUGGUGAAGUCGAGGCUGCGGAGCGAUUGGCACGAAGCUUCUCUGAGAGCAAUGAGUGGGAGCUCGUAGAAAUUGUGGCUCGGAGAGUGGCUGAGGCCGACAAGAAGAGGUCAGUUCCGGGCAAGGGUAUCUCCUGGCCACAGAGCGCUAUCGGUGUUGUAGAACUGAACAAUCAAAACUACUCGCUGGCAAUUCAGUCUUUCCAGUCUGCCCUCAGAGCGUCCCCAACAGACUUCCACUCUUGGGUUGGCCUGGGAGAGGCAUACGCUUCAUCAGGACGCUACACGGCAGCGUUAAAAGUCUUUGACCGGGCAGAAGCGCUCGACGGAACGAGUUGGUUCGCAAAGUACAUGCUGGCGAAUGUUAGGCGAGAGCUGGGCGAAUUCGAACUUGCUUGUGAAGGUUACCGGGCCGUCCUUGCUCUGCGGGAGCGCGAGUUCGGUGUGUUGGUUGCCUUAUCGGAGACUUCGCUGGCCAUGGGCUGGAAAUACGUCGAGACCGGCUAUUACGGAAGGGCUGUCGACAGCGUGGUGGAGUCUCUGGAGAUUGCAGAGAAAGUCCUUCAGGAGAGAUCGGACGCCUUCAACCUCUGGAAGACCGUGGGAGAUGCAUGCAUGCUCUUCUCUUGGGUUCAGAACCUGGCCCACAAAUUUCCCCGCGAACAGGUCGUGCGGCUCCUCGAGAGUGAUUUCGAACCUAGUGAGUUCGACAUCAUGGCUGAGGUCGAUGAAGUGGGCCGUGAAAUGUUCGAAAAGAUGAAGGGCGGUGACACACAGGACAUCCUCACUGCUAUCUAUGCUGGAAUAUUGGCGUACAAACGGGCAAUAUUUGCGACUGCAGAUGACAGACACGCUCAUGCGGUUGCUUGGUAUAACCUCGGAACGGCAGAGUACAGGGCCUACGUGGCUUUGCCAAAUAGAGAGAUGAAGCAUCGACUGGCGGCCAUACGCUGCUUCAAGAGGACCAUCAAGCUGGAGCCAGGAAACCACGAGUUCUGGAACGCCCUUGGACUCGCAACCGCGGAGCUGAAUCCCAAGGUUGCCCAGCACUCCCUAGUCAGGGCUCUUUAUAUCAACGAUAAGAAUUCUCGUGUCUGGACAAAUCUCGGCGCAUUGUACACUAUCCAGGAGGACUAUCUACUCGCGAACGAAGCCUUCUCCAGAGCACAGAGUACUGAUCCCGAGUACGCUCUUGCUUGGGUCGGACAGGGACUCAUCGCAAUGAUACUCGGCGAGGCACGUGAUGCACAAGAACUCUUCCAACACGCCUUCGAGAUCUCGGAUCAAUCUCUGACGCCAGUGAAAAAGCAAUUCAUCACUGCAACAUUCGACACGCUUGUCAAGGCCAAUUCCGAGCCCGCUUUGGCGUCAAUUCUCACCCCGAUAUUUGCCUUGGAGAAGCUUCAGGCCCAGCUAUCGCAAAUUCCGGCCGUUCUCCAGCUGAGUGCCUUGUUCGACGAACGUGUUGGAGACUUUACCUCUGCCGUCGAGAAGUUGGAGCGUGUGUGCAGUAUCUACGAGGAACGGUAUGAGGAAACAGAAGCAGAUGACGACCUCGUCAAGUUCGCUCGCUCCAAGGCAGAUCUGGCUCGGAUGUACCUAGGACUACGGCAAUACUCGGAAGCCAUCGAGAGUGCUUCCAUGGCCUUGGAUCUUUCCGGCGACAUGGAGCAACUCCAGGCAUGUCGACUAUCCGCCCACCUCACCGCUGGCCUGGCACACUACUACUCGCAGCAGAUGGACGAGAGUCUUGAAAUGUUCAAAGAAGCGCUCACCGAGUCGGAAGAGAACCCGGACGUAGUGUGUCUCCUCUCGCAGGUUCUCUGGGCCAAAGGCGGUGAACAAGAGCGGGACGUCGCACGAGACCAACUCUUCGCCUGCAUCGAAGCCAACCCCGAGCACCUCGGCUCCAUCCUCCUGCUAGGCACCAUUGGCGUCCUCGACCGAUCCGCAGACGUCACCGAAGCCGUCCUCGAUGACCUCCGUUCCUUCCGCGCAAAGGAGGGACUUCCCCGCUACGUUCGCGAGCACAUCGACAACCUUCUCACCGCGAUCGCGCAGCUCUCUUCCGGCGACCUGGGCGCGCUGAAUGCGGCCGCCACGGCUGCCAGUGCGGUGUUUAUGCGUCCCUCUGCAACCGAGAAUUGGUCACGACUCGCGACGGUCGCGGAAGAUGCGUUUGCGGCGGAAACGGCGUUGAGGGUCGCCAGGAGCGCGAAGGAUUGUGAUGCUGAGAGGCUGGCCGGCGCGUAUGCGGGUAUUGCGACUUUGGGGUGUGAUCAACGCGCGGUGUUUUUGGCGCCGUGGAUGGUCUGUGGUUGGGAUGCGCUUAGGAGGGAUGUGGUGGCUUAGAUAGGCCAUUGUUGUUCGGAGGAUCGUACGGGGAGUACCGGUAGUGUUGGGCUGUAAGACGCGAAUAGACACCUCGGUUUAUCCUCCGCCCUCAAUCGUAUGUGCUAGCUUUAGAUACCGUCGUAAAAACCGGUAUACCAAAUCAUCCAGUACCUGC